AUGGCUCAGCAGUUCCAGCUUAACAGUGAACAAGGGACCACAUUAAUUCCUGCAGAAAAAGUUGGAAGGGAGUCAAGAAGUUCAAUGAUAUCUGCUUCUUUUAAUUUUAUUAAUUCCAUUAUAGGAUCUGGAAUCAUAGGUUUACCAUAUGCAUUGAACCAGGCGGGGCUCCCCCUUGGCUUCCUGCUUUUGAUAGUUGUUGCAUUCAUCACAGACUAUUCAAUCAUACUAUUAAUCAAAGGAGGGAACCUGUCAGGGACAAACAGUUAUCAGUCACUGGUACAAAGCACAUUUGGUUUCCCUGGAUUCCUCAUUUUAUCUGGACUGCAGUUCCUUUACCCUUUCAUUGCUAUGAUUAGCUACAACAUCACAACAGGUGACACAAUGACCAAAAUAUUUCAGAGAAUACCUGGAGUUGGUCCAGAUCACAUACUUGCAGAGCGUCACUUUGUUAUCUUGCUAUCAACCCUUUUAUUCACGCUGCCUCUCUCACUUUAUCGAAACAUUGAGAAACUUGGGAAGGUGUCCUUCCUGUCAAUGGUGCUGACAUUUAUCAUCCUCAUCAUUGUAAUCAUCAGAGCAGCUACCUUUGGCCCACAAAUCCCUCCUACAGAGAAUGCAUGGGCAUUUGCAAAGUGGAAUGCAAUUCAGGCAGUUGGUGUAAUGUCUUUUGCCUUUAUAUGCCAUCACAACAGCUUCCUGAUCUAUGGCUCUCUGGAGCAGCCCACACUAACCAACUGGUCACGAGUCACACACAUCUCUGUAGGCUCUGCACUAAUAAUUAGUGCCGCAUUCGCUGUUGCAGGCUAUGCCACCUUCACUGGGUACACACAAGGAGAUAUAUUUGAGAACUACUGCAGAAAUGAUAACCUGGCAACAUUUGGUCGUUUCUGUUUUGGCCUCAGCAUAAUAACCACAUUUCCACUGGAGUGUUUUGUUACACGAGAGGUUGUAACCAAUGUCCUCUGCUGUAGGGAUCUUUCAAAAGCUGAACAUGUGGCCAUAACCUUGCUCAUAGUUGCAGUCUGUACAUCAAUAUCUUUGGCCUAUGACUGUCUGGGAAUUGUUUUGGAGCUGAAUGGUGUUUUGUGUGCCACACCGCUGAUCUUCAUCAUCCCAUCUGCAUGUUACCUCAAACUCUCCAUGGGCCAUUGGUUUCAGAGUGAAAACUUGGUGCCCAUCAUUUUGAUAUUACUUGGCUUGUUUGUCAUGGUCACUGGUUUGAUCAUGACUGGCCUAUACCCACAAGACUGUUCACACGGUGUGGAGAUGUUCUACUGUGCGGAUGCCAACAUCUCUGGCACUGUACCACCUGUAUAA